AUGUUGAUUCAAUAUUGUUAUUUGGCAAUAUUUAUAUUGGGUACAAUUGGUUCUUUAAUGAAUAUUUUUCUCUUUUCACGACGUCGAUUACAAUCAAAUUCAUGUUGCACAUAUUUUUUCACAUCAUCAAUAUGUGCAUUAGUCUUACUUGCAAUAGGUAUUCUACCACAAAUUUAUACUCUUUAUAAUUCUUCAAAUCCAUUUAGUACAAUUUUAAGUUUUUGUAAAAUUCGAUCAUAUUUAAAUCAAGUAAGUGCUAUGUCAUGUCGUUGGUUAUUAGUUAUGGCUUGUAUUAAUCGAUGUAUAAUAUGUUCAAAUAAUCCUUAUAUUCAUCAUUUAUCUUCUAUAUUUAUAACACGAAGAAUAAUCAUUAUUAUAAUUAGUAUUUGGUUAAUAUUACCAAUUCAUAUGCUUAUUUAUAGUAAUAUUCAAUCAUUAGGAAAUAUUGAAUGUUCAAUAAAUAAUAAUAAUAUUGCUAUUUAUCAUCGAUUUUAUACAAUAAUAAUGGGUUGUAUAUUACCAUCUAUAAUUGCUUUUAUAUGUUGUUUAUUUAUAUGGAAAAAUCUUCAAGAAAGAAGACGACGUCGUCAAAUAAUUAUUUUUAAUAAUGAAAUAAAUCGACGAAAACAAAAACGAGAUCAACAAAUAUUAUUUAUGUUAUUAAUACAAGUAGGAAUAUUUUUGAUAUCUACAAUGCCAUUUAUGUCAUUCAAUAUUUAUAAUACAAUGACACAAUCUAUAAACAAUAAAUCAAUAGAUCGUAAAGCUCUUGAAGCUUUUUUGAAAACUUUAACUGAAUUUUUUAUUUAUUUAAUAACAAUGUCAUUUUAUUCGAAUACAUUAGUAUCAAGAACAUUUAGAAAAGAAUUACUUAAAUUAUUCAAAUGUAUUAUCAUUCGUAGUCGUUAA